AUGUCUUGCCAGAGACUUGUCCAUUUUGGACAGCAGUUGUUUCGUCGGAAAGUGGUAGACUGUACAAGAGAAGAUAGCCGGCUGUCGCGGUGCCUCAACACAUUUGACUUGGUUGCCCUUGGAGUAGGCAGCACUCUUGGGGCAGGGGUUUAUGUUCUUGCUGGAGCAGUGGCACAAGAAAAUGCAGGACCUGCCAUUGUCAUCUCCUUUCUGAUUGCAGCUUUGGCCUCUGUGCUGGCUGGACUUUGCUAUGGAGAAUUUGGUGCUAGAGUUCCGAAGACUGGAUCAGCGUAUCUCUAUAGUUAUGUGACUGUUGGUGAGCUGUGGGCAUUCAUUACUGGCUGGAACCUAAUUCUUUCUUAUGUCAUUGGAACAUCAAGUGUAGCCAGAGCUUGGAGCGCAACGUUUGAUGAACUUAUAGGCGAGCAUAUUGAGAAAUUCUUUCGGCGCUACAUGUCCAUGAAUGCUCCUGGUGUGCUAGCAGGAUACCCAGAUGUCUUUUCUGUUUUCAUUAUCUUAAUCUUAACAGGACUUCUGACUUUUGGCGUGAAAGAAUCUGCAAUGGUUAACAAAGUGUUCACUUGUAUCAACGUCCUCGUCUUGGGCUUUGUGAUGGUGUCAGGUUUUGUGAAAGGUUCGAUAAAAAACUGGCAGAUCCCAGAAAAUCUCUCACUUUCAGAGAAUUCCACAGAGAAUCUACCACAUGGUGUUGGUGGGUUUAUGCCGUAUGGUUUUUCUGGAGUUCUUUCGGGGGCAGCCACAUGCUUUUAUGCAUUUGUGGGAUUUGACUGCAUUGCCACCACAGGUGAAGAAGUAAAAAAUCCUCAGAAAGCCAUUCCAAUAGGGAUUGUGGCUUCACUUCUGAUCUGCUUUGUUGCAUAUUUUGGGGUGUCGGCUGCCCUUACUCUCAUGAUGCCUUACUAUCUGCUGGAUAAAAAUAGCCCCCUGCCAGUUGCUUUUAAGUAUGUGAAAUGGGAAGGUGCAAACUAUGCAGUAGCUGUUGGUUCACUAUGUGCCCUUUCUACAAGCCUGCUUGGAUCCAUGUUUCCAAUGCCUCGGGUUAUUUAUGCUAUGGCAGAAGACGGAUUACUAUUCAGAUUUUUGGCUCGUAUCAAUGAGAGGACAAAGACCCCAAUGCUAGCUACAAUAACCUCAGGAGCUGUUGCAGCUCUCAUGGCCUUUCUCUUAGACCUAAAGGAUCUUGUAGACCUCAUGUCUAUUGGGACUCUACUAGCUUACUCAUUGGUGGCUGCUUGCGUCUUGGUACUCAGGUACCAACCUGAGCAGCCAAAUUUGGCAUAUCAGAUGGCCAGUACCACAGAUGAGACAGACAAUAAUGAGUCUGUGAGCACUAGUGAAUCUCAGACUGGGUUUCUGCCUGAGGAGGAAGAGAAAUUCUCUCUAAAAGCUCUUCUCCUCCCCCAAAAUACAGUUCCUUCCAAACUUUCUGGAUUUAUAGUGAAUGUCUCUACUUGUAUCUUAGGUUUUCUUAUUGUCAGCUUCUGCAGCUUGGCUGUCCUUGGCAAGGAGGCUCUGGCCAGCAGAGUGAUAUGGGCCAUUAGCAUGCUUGUUGUCAUCUUCGUCAUCACCUCUGUUUUCAUUGUGAUCAUUUGGAGGCAACCUGAAAGCAAAACCAAACUUUCAUUUAAGGUUCCUUUUCUUCCUGUCCUUCCAGUCCUGAGCAUCUUUGUAAAUGUUUAUCUCAUGAUGCAGCUGGAUCAUGGCACCUGGAUACGGUUUGCCAUCUGGAUGGUAAUAGGCCUGGUUAUAUAUUUUGGCUAUGGCAUGUGGCACAGCGUAGAGGCAUCUUAUUUAGCACCAACGGAUCAAGAAAGAAGUACAGAUAACAAUAUGGACACUUGUAAAUGAUUGCACAGAAGCAUAUUGAGCUAUUACUGCACAACAGGAUGCUUUUCUCUCUGGGACUCUGAAAUACUUUGUGUGUGUGUGUGUGUGGAAUAUCAGGUGGGCUCUCACGUCCCCUUUAACAUGGUGAUGCAGCUAGGAGGGAUCACAAGGAAAGAAAAAAAAACCCCAGCCUCUGAUGUACUCUCAACAAUACUGUUACUUAGUGCUGACAGCUCUUUCUCUUCUCUGCCCUUUGAUUAGAAGGGUAUAAAAACAAAACUGCUUUUCAGGGUGCCAAUUUACUUCCAAUGUUACUGUAGGAACAAGAUUCUUAGAGGCUUGUGAAUUAACUCCUGGGUACUGGAACGGAGCGCACACUCUAUAAUGUUUCUUCAAAAUCAUCUAUAUUGCAGCACCAGAACUAAAGGAUUUUUUCUAAAACAAACCCAAACCAUACAUAAACCCUCUUACGUGUUUAUAAAAUGUACUCACUUCCCAAGACUGAAAUGAAAAGAGAAGGAGUGGGUGGUGUUAUUUAAACAUUGUGCUUAACAUAUUUAAACAGGAGUUUUGAAAUCCAGUGUUGCAGCAAUCUCCUAUAGCAAAGGUGGACAACCCAGGCUUCCUGCAGCCCUCAAAGGCUUUUGUGCAACCUGCUAGCUGAAUUCCUCUCUUGUGCUUCACACGGCUGUGUAGAUAAGUAGCAGAGUCUCUUGCUCAUGAUAGAAUUGUUGUGUAGAAAGUAUGGCUUUCAGGUAUGCAGAUCAGCCAAAUCAAGAGCAAUUGCUUGGUUGGGAUGUUGUUCAUAUCUCAGAUCAGACAGUCCUGGCCAAAGGCAGGUCUUUCCCAUCCUUGUAUUUUGUCGUAAUGUUGUGAGGUAUUUCACCGAUACUCCCUGGGGCGGAGAGAAAGCAACUUUCCUUUGAUAAAGAUGGAAUUGAACACAGGGUUCUUGUGUCAAACUCCAGCAUUGUCUUUACUGUUACAUUUUAAAUAAGAUAUUUAAAAUUCAUAUUUUAUGAAGAAGGAAGGUUGUGACAAAUACAGCUUUUCUGAUGCAGAGUAGGAACCAGCCUUAGUUUUUGUCUGGCUGGAAUAUUUGGGACUAUGGAAUACAAGUUUCUCACCUUAUCCUGUUAGGGCUGACUUUCCCCAAAUAGGACAUCAGAUUUAAAAUUCAAACUGUUAAAUCCUCUGUUAGGCAAGGAUGGGACUAGGGAAAUCACAGAACUAUCUAUGCAGAGGAAGAGUCACCUCCUUCUAAAAAUGUGGUUUUCCAGAUGGAGGGAAAAAGUCUAUACAAUCAAAUAAUAUUGAUGCUUGCUGUUUUGAUUUGUGAAGACAUUCUAGUAAAUAGUGUAGAUUGUUACUGAAUUUUUUUCUUUCACACUGUUAACCUCAGAGGCUUGAAUUUAUUAUUACUUGUAUGUGGUAUUUAUGUCUAGCCCCUUGAUGCAUUGUAUUUGAGCAAACUAUAUGGGAAAUAAUGGCACUUAGAAGAAAGUGAAAUCAUUUCGUAGAGGGAUUAUGCUUAUUUUGUGUGAGGAAGUUUAGAAGGGGGGGUAUUUAUUUUUGGCACUCCCCGUAUGUGUUUUGUCCAGUUUGCACCCUAGUGAUAACGUUGUGAAUUUUGACUCAAGGUUUUCCCGCCACCAUGGUGGUUACUGAGACUUUUAGUGGUUACAUCUACCUGCCUGGAAGGUUAGACAGAGCUGUGGCAGACAGUGCUGAUCCAGAUGGACCAAUGACUUGAUAUAAAGCAAUUUAUUCUAUUUAUUUGGUACUUCAGCAGCUUCCAUUUGCCAUCUCAAAAGUCUGGGAAGGCCACAAUUACAGUUAUAUGAGGGUGUUCCUUUCAAAGGGCUUCAGCGUUGAAUAAGUGACAAAUGCCCAACUUAGUCUGAGUCAGCCAGACCUUCCUCAGGUAAGCUGGCCAGGCUGUUCGAGGUGGUUUGGGAGGCCCUUAUGGCUGGCUAGAAAAUGUUCCUUUCACAUGAAAACUUAUGUGUGACUUGAAAACACCUAAAACUUUGUUUCUGGACUCUUCUUCUGUGUGCCAUCUUAUCAGGUCACACGCAACCCUGUUUUAGAGUCUGUGAGUGAGAUGGAGCUAGUUUUGAACUCUUCACUCUGGAUCAGCCUUCCUUUGGGUAUGGUUUCACACAUGACAAAAGUCCUUUGCAGAAAUCUCUUCUAUAUGGUUACAUUUCAUAUCAUCUAUGCAGGUUGUAAACUUACUUGUUACUAGAAUACAACCUAAUGCAACACUGUCUUUGAAAAUGGCCUAGAAAGAUGCUGCCAGGUUUCCUACAAAAGUCAAAUACUCGGUAAUUAAAAUUCAACUUGAGAAGGGCCCCUACUUAGUUUUUGGAAGUGACUUCUCGUUUCUCCAUUUCUGUUCUUAUUAAGUAGAUAAAUCCACAGUGUGUGUGGGCAGUUGAUGAAGCUGAAAACGGCCUGAAAAAUGUGGGUCUCAGUUUGGCAAUUGCAUUUUCAAAACACCGUAAAUCCAUACAUUAUUAUUUAGUGUGGCUGGGUUGCAUCGUUUAGUCUGUUUCAUUUCUAAAUACCAGGGAAAAUAGUAUUAGAAAAAGCCUUAAACACCAAGCAUCAUGUUUGGUCCUGUGUGCUACAUUUACCCAGUAAAAAGCUAUUGUUCCUUUUCAGAUGUGGCAUUCAUGGAAAAGAUUUCAGAACGGAAUUCUGUCAUGUGUGAAGGAACCUUGAGGACAGUUUUUCACACAUAGACUACUAGUGGAAAAGAUCACAUAUUAACAAAAGCAGUCUCCUAGGAUAAUCUCACCUUCAGUUUUCAUAAUUCCCACAAAGCUGGGAAUUAUGGGCGCUGAAGUCCAAUACAUCCAGGAUGGGAGACAUUGUUCUAAGCAAAGUUGAUACAUAUCCAAGACUGGCAUAAGCUUUGCUUUUCCUCUCACUUGAGAUUCUACAAGAGGAGGUGGUGUGCCUGGGAAACGUUUUCUGGGAGAAGGACUUCCUGAGAGCCCUCUUGUGGGAUAUUCUCACUAAUACUAGUUGCUUCUGACUCAGUGGGGAUGUUUAAAGCUCCUGGUGCUAUUCAGAGAGCAGGACAGGGAGUACAGAGCAAAUGUCCCCAUUCCCCACAGCCAAAGUAAACCAGAUGGACCAGCAAGUAAAAAACAAAAAAGACUGCCUCUAGUACUGAACCUAAAUGGAGAAACAUACAAAAGCUUGAGGUCUGAUGGUAAAGACCUGAAUGAUGCUGCUGUAAGUUUGCUAGAGUGAAGAAUAGACUGGCAUUUAUUUGAGCUGGUCUUUGUAAAUACAUGGGUAACUUAUUUUGUUUUAAUAUGAGGAUUGUUUUGUAUAGCUGCUGGGACACUUUCCUUUCUAUAAAAUCAUAUUCUAAAGUGUUUCUAAAGACACAUGGCUCCCCCAAAGAAAAUGUGCAGUUUUUCUCUGUAAGGGAAGGGUGUAUCAAAAAUUGUGUUUCUGAAUCUAAGGAAGUCACUACUACUUUCAGGAAUUACCUGCUUUAAAAUCCUACUAGGUUUUUAUUAGCAUAAAGCCAAAUUUGCAUGCUCUGUGUAUGCACAAGUAAUAAAAACAGUUACUUUAGGUAACUUGAUACUCUUCAAAUGUACUUGAAUUGCAUCUCUCAAAACUGGCAUAGUAUUCUGAAAUUUCUGGAGGAUAUCUAGUUGGGAAUAAGUGUUGCUUCCUAAUGCAAUAAGGGGAAACAUGUGCAACAUAAAAGAAGAAAGAUGACAAUUUCUAUUUGAUCAAACCAUUACCCCAUAAAUCAGCUUUACUAAUAUUUAUGCAAAUUAAUCUCCAAAUUAAUUCCACUUACAGAAAGGUAUGCAUUGAUAAGCUUUUCAAGAGCCACAAAUCGCUUGCUCAUUAGUUCCUUCUGAAACCAAUGGCAGUUAACAGAAGCCUGGUAGCACCUUUUUCAACUAACAAAUUUUAUUAAAAGGCAGAAGCUUUCAAAUGUGUUAGAAAAGGUGCCACCAGAUUCCUGUUGUUGUUUUUUCUGCCAUAGACUCACAUGGCUGGUCUCUUACAAUGGCAUUUAUGUAUGUUCUAUUCAUAUACAUUUGAAACUCUUGUAUUAUGAACUAAGAUGCAGUCUAUUUUGUUAAUUUUUUCAAUUGUUAAAGUUUUACAAUUGUCUUCAAAACAUUUUAUUUACAUUUGUAUAUUUUGGUAAUAAUUAUUUCUGCCUUUUAUGUUUAGUUGCCAUCGUUUCUUCUUCAUAUCCACUUUUACCCAGUGCAUUGAUAAAUGAGAUAAUUUUUUCACCAGCAUUCAGUAAAAAUUUUAACCUAGUCAGUAAAAACUUGCAUCCCAUUAACAGUUUUCAGUUUUAUAUUCUUAUGUUCAUUAAUCCUCCUAUUAAUGCCCAUGUACUUCAUGGAAUCAUGCUACAAACACUGGAUCAUAAAAUAGUCUGGAAAAAAAAAUCAGAAUUUUUAAUUCCUUCCCUUUAAGCCAUUUUUUUAAAGAAUACUUUAUUAAAUAUAUUUAUCAAUUUCUGAAUAAAUAAUUAAGAACAGGAGGCAGGAGCUUAUAAGUGGCUUGCCUUAAUUGUAGAAUCAACUUGUUUUCAAGAGUGUGUGAGCAGAAAAGCCGUGUUCAGAUAUGAGCGUUAACAGAAUUUGUGUUGUCACUCUAGUAGGACCAGAUUCCAUAUUACCUUAAUUGUGUUACAAUACAGGAGACGGGUGAACAUCCUAUAUACAGUAUGUCCCAGAUUGAAUGUGUGUGUGAAAUUUUGUAAGCCCAUUACCUUAUUGGGAGGUAGAGGAGACAAAGGAUUAUGUAUGUAAUCAAGUAUGUAUGUAUGUAUGUAUGUUUUUUCUGUUAAACAGCUGAUCAUCACUUUUUGUCAUUUUCUGAUAAUUUGUAUAUAUCUACACACAUGCACACAUCCACACAGAGCCUGCACAGUGAGAGCAGGUGGUUGAGGAAGGAACUGUUUGUUCUCUGUCAUUUGCAUGUACUAGAUUUCUCAUCUAACAAGGGAUGUGUGUAUUAAAACAUGUUUCCAUAGCUGUGUGCCAUAUUUGGCAAGGUCAAAGAGCUUUGUGUAUAUGAUGCUCAUUUAAUUGCUGAUUGCAAUCUGUUGCCUUUCAGUAUGUAUCUCUGAUUUUACUAUGUGGUAUAUUUACAGGGUAACAAAAUGAAAUGAUCUUAUUUAAGUUGUGCAAAAGAAGUUCCCAGAUUAUGUGAUGGACCUCUUCUGCAUUUACCAAAAUUCAAAAGAAUGUUGUACAGAUGCUACUUUUAUAAAUUCUUACGAAAGGAUUCACGCAUGCAGCUUUGACUGUUGUAGAGUUAAACAUGCAUGUAGUAGGGAGUUUUUUUUAGGGAGGAAGGGAAUACAGUAAAGUUCUGUUAAUGUUUAUCUUAUCUGUAAUUAGAACUUUUUAGUUGGUUGAGGCUGCAGUCCUAAAAACACCCUCUCACAGGAGAAAGCACUAUUGAAAACAAUAAACCAUGCUUCUGAGAAAUUGUGCAUAGGAUAGUGCUACUUAUUUAAAUUUUGUAUACUACUGAAAUUAUAUCAUUGGUGCCUUCUUGUGAUACUGAAGGAAGUGUGAGAACUUUAGAAAAACUUAACCUGGAAAUAUUACCUGUAACUUUUUUUUCCAACCUCUUAUUGCAGUGUUCCAUGAUCUGCUGUCCUUUAUGUGUAUUGGACUAAAACAAUAUGGCCAGUGGGCACCAGGUUGGGGAAGCAUGUUUUGACUGUUUGAUAAUAAAUUUAUAGUAGAUGGUUCCCCACUGCAAAAAUGGUUAAUAUUUGGUAAUAGGGUUGUGCAAAGCAUUUGAAGGAGGUGGUUUGCAGAGAACCUUUCUUUCAAGUAUUAAUGCAGCCAUAGCCUUCAUAAGGCUUGUAUGGCUGUUUUAAAGGCUGUCUGUGCUUGUCUGCAUGUGUGUGCAGAAGUGACACAGCAGGACCAUCAGAAAGCUGUGAAUGUAUAUGCAUGUAAAGACAACUGGGGCAGCUUUUGAAGCAGCUGGGUAGCCUUGCAAAGGGCUCUUUUGUUUUUGGUCUUUGAGAUAGUAAUUUACUUUGUAAACCACCUCUUCCAAAUGCUUUGCACAGUUCUGUUUGUUACAGAGACCCAUGAUAAGAAUACAUCCUGUGACACUCCUUAUUUCUGAAGCAGAGGCCAAACCUUAUGGAAACAGUGCCUGUUUUUUUAAAAAAUCCAAAUCUAGAAUUCCUCAGGGUAUACUUUGUCUUCUUGGCACAUGUCCUAAGAAAAAUCCUAUCCAGUUUAUUAAGUUUCUAGAUGGUAAGGGAUCUUAACCAGAUCACACUCAUGCCUUGUUUUGCAAAUGAAAUGAUGGAAGGGUGGUGACUGGUGUGCCUGACAAAAUGAAGGGGUUCCUCUCUUUCUGAUGUGCCUUUCAAUGUACGUCUGUUCUCAGGAGUACGAAGAAUCAACGUGGCACUCUGGGGUUGUAUGUUACAAUCUGUUGGAGAAUAUGGUGGUUUCUUCAGGAAUACCCACCUUUUGCUAACCAAGAAGCCAUGAAAUAAUUUGUCCAUAUUUUUACUAAGUAAAAUGUAUAUAAGUUUUUCUUCUAUUUUUCUAAUGAUUCUCUCAGAAUUUACAAUGGGUUCAGAUACAGUUAUUUGAACCCUGAUCCUGUCUGAUACUUUUCCUUCUGCCUCUUGAGUGGAGUUUCAGGGUUUGUAUGGAUUUUGGCUUCUCCCUUCCUUCAAAUACAAAGGUUUGUUUUUUGCUUUAAAUGUGAAACUUUAUUUAGAGAAAUGGCCUCUGCUUCAAUAACAAACCUCUGUUGAGUGAUGCUGUAAAUGUCUUCUUUUGGAGAAUGAGUUUUUUUUUUUUUUACUUUAGAGAUCAAUUUGUAAAUAGGUGAUAACAGCAUUAACUUGUUCCUUGAAAUUCAAAUAAAUUAUGUUAGUUUUGCCUUGCCUGUCCUAAUAAAUAUUUCUGGUUAAACAAAUAAGUUGCAUGUACUUGCUGUUCUGUGUUAAGAACCCAGCUUCUGAAUUUUGCCUUUUGGUUUUCAAUUUCUUAGUAACCCUAAAUAGCUUUUGUGCCUCUUAAGACUGCUGUGGUCUUAAUAGAAUUAUUUUUUU